AUGGGCUUUAGGGGCAUCCGGAUCAUGCCGAGUAAUCAGAAGUCAUGGAGGUGGGAACUCUCCCCCCUCCAGUGGACAUGUACAUCGUACUUGUCAAUCUGCGGGCUCGGUAGCGUUGCCACUAGCCUAGGGAGGAGACGGUCGUCAUCAAAUUCCCCGGCCGGCGGAGUCCCCUUUGCUCAAGAACGAUGUACGGAGUACAUGUGCGGGAUGACGGGUUGGGACUCUCAGCUCGUCGGUCCACCACACGAGCCCGCUUCGGAAAGGCGCGUGUCGCGCUUGGGCGCCACCAAGAAGAGGCAUUCCCAGCAUCCGGAGAACACGGACAGCGGGAACGAGAUUAGUUAG